AUGGAGUCCUUCACAAAAGGUGUGAAAGCACCUACAGGGCAAUAUAACGGCUCAUCCCUCCACGUCUUGAUCGUAAAAACGCGCUGGAAUAGCGAAAUCGUGGAUUCUCUUGUCGAGGGGGCCAUUAACACUCUAACCUCCCACAGAGUCAAUCGUAGCAACAUACAUAUCGAAGACGUCGCCGGUUCUUAUGAAUUACCUUUUGCAACAAAAAGGAUCUUGCAAGGCGGACGGUUCCAGGUUGCCAUAGCUAUUGGGGUCUUAAUCAAAGGCGACACUAUGCAUUUCGAGUAUAUCGCAGAAGCUGUCAGUCAUGGUCUAAUGAGUGUUGGGCUAGAUACUGAGAGCGGGACUAGUUGA